UGCUCUGUUUCCACCAGGUUCCCUGCAGACGGACCGUCUCUCUCCAGAGUGUUUUUUUUUUUAAAUUAAUGUGUGCGUGAGGAUAUGCGUGUGUGAGCUUCAGGCCUGUAAAUCAUGAGGCGUCUGCUGCUGCUUCUGGGGCUCCUGGUGCUCCGUCAGGGAAGCUGCUUUGAGUUUGUGAUAGACGGAGAAUGGGAGGACGAGACGUCACAUAUUCAGGAUCAUCGCGAGAGACACAAGAGAGCGAUAUUGACCAGCGAGGAGCAGGAAGACUUUGAGGCCAUCCGUGGAGAUGACAUCACCGUUAAGAGCUACAAGGUGGAGAGUCGCAUCACGUCUCGUUUCGCUCACACCACCGUCAGGAGCUCGGUGGUCAACUCGGGCUCCAAAGCUCAGAGCAUCGGCUUCAACGUCCAGAUCCCCAAACGGGCUUUCAUCACCAACUUCACCAUGAAUGUGAACGGGAUCACGUUCGUGGGCUCGGUGAAGGAGAAGACUGUGGCCAGGAACCUGUACGCUCAGGCCAGAGCCAGAGGGAAGGCAGCCGGCAUCAUCAGAGCCAACUCCCAGGACAUGGAGACCUUCAAAACAGAGGUCCACGUCCCUCCAGGAAGCAACAUCGAGUUUGAGCUCCACUACCAGGAGAUGAUGCACAGGAAGCUGGGUUUCUACGAGCACUCGCUGUACCUGCAGCCCGGCAGGCUGGUGCCACAGUUUCAGGUGGAUGUCUACAUCUAUGAGCCGAAGGGAAUUUCCUCGGUUCAAGCUCCAAACACCCUCGGAGUGCAGUUCUCAGAUCUGAUUAAAGUUACAUCCACCAAAGACAAGGCUCAUAUUGUCUUCAAGCCCAACUUACAGCAGCAGAGAAAGUGUGACAACUGCACAGGAAGCGCUAUAGACGGCGUCUUUACUGUCAAAUAUGAUGUGAACAGAGACAGUAACGCUGGAGAACUGCAGGUUUCAGACGGUCACUUUGUCCAUUUCUUCGCCCCGUCCAACCUCUCUCCUCUGUCCAAAAACAUUGUGUUUGUCAUCGACGUCAGCGGCUCCAUGUGGGGAGUCAAGAUGAAGCAAACAGUUGAGGCCAUGCAGGCGAUUCUGGACGACCUGACCAUCGACGACAACUUCAGCGUCAUCGACUUCAACCACAACGUUCGCUGCUGGAGCGAGGAGCUGGUUCCUGGAUCUUCUAUUCAGGUUGCAGACGCCAAGAAAUACAUCCAGAACAUCAAACCCAAUGGGGGUACCAACAUCAACGAGGCCCUGAUGAGAGCAGUUCAGAUGCUGGUGAAGGCGUCCAACCAGGGUCUCAUCGACUCUCGAUCCGUCUCCAUGAUCAUCCUGGUGUCUGACGGAGAUCCCACCGUUGGAGAGAUCAAGCUGAGCACCAUCCAGAAGAACGUGAAGCGAGUCAUGAGGGAGGAGUUCUCUCUCUUCUCGCUGGGCAUCGGCUUCGACGUGGACUACGACUUCCUGGAGCGAAUCGCCAACGAGAACAGGGGGAUGGCUCAGAGGAUCUACGCCAACCACGACGCCGCAGAGCAACUUCGGACCUUUUACAGCCAGGUUUCCUCUCCCCUGCUGAGGAGAAUCACCAUCCAGUUCCCAGAGGACUCGGUGUCUGAAGUCACCCAGAACCGCUUCGAUAAAUACUUCAGCGGCUCAGAGCUGGUGGUCGCUGGGAGAGUUCUACCGUCAGACACCAACACUCUGAGCAGCAUCACUACUGCUGCAGCUGCCCGUCUGGACCUCACCUUGGAGACGGAUGCUGACACCACACAGCUGGACAUGGAGCUGGCCAAGCAGCAGCACUCCUUCACCGGGUUCGCCAGACAGAUGUGGGCUUAUCUGACCAUCAAACAGCUGAUCAGUGAGAGGUCUUUGGCUCCAACAGCUGUGAAAAAGAGGAAGAUCACCCAGCGGAUCAUGACUCUGGCCGUGGAGCAUCAGUUCGUCACUCCGCUCACCGCCCUGCUAGUGGAGAGCGAGGACGCCAAGGAGAGGCUGCUGGCCGACUCCCCGAAGGACCCCAAGCAUGGCUGCUGCUCAGGAGGAGGGUUAGGUGCAGGUUCAGCGUCCAACAAUCUGGCUCCGGUGCGGGUCGUCUAUCAGCCUCCACCCUGGGUCCAGAUGACAACUCAGGCUCCCCCCAGUCAGGCCAACAAGGGUCCAGAGGACUGGACUCUGCCUCAGCAGGUCAACUUAGUGGAUAAUGACCCUCACUUCAUCGUCCACCUGCCUGGAAGCGACACAUACGUCUGCUUCAACAUCGAUUCCAAACCUGGUCACAUUCUCAACCUGGUGUCUGACAGUGGAACAGGUGUCGUGGUAAACGGACAGUUAAUCAGAUCUAACCACAAAAACAAAAUCAACACCUACUUCGGUAUCGUCUCCAUCUACUACCAGCCGGAGGGAGUCAGCGUGACGGUCAGCACCAACAGCAUCGACAUGACCGACGGCAGAAACAACCACUCCUUCACCUGGGGGGCCACAGCCGAUAUUUCACAGGACGGGGUGAGGAUCUCCAUUGUGAGGAACUCUCAGGUCACCAUCACAAUAAACAAUAACAUCCAGGUGAUGGUGCUGCUUCACCGCGUGUGGAAGAAACAUCCAGUUAAUGUGGACUUCCUGGGUGUUUACAUCCCCAACAACAACCAGUAUUCCCCUCUGGUCCAUGGACUCAUAGGGCAGUUUUCCAGAGAACCUUUUCCUGAGGUGAGUGUGUAUGAUAUCCAUGAAGGAGCCGACCCUCUAAAGAACGAGGCCACCAUGGAGGUGAAGGGCAACAAGCUGCUGGUCACCAGGGGCUGGCAGAAGGACUACAGAAGCGAUACAAAACGUGGUUCCAACGUCUACUGCUGGUUCAUUCAUAACAGUGGGAAGGGCUUAAUUGACGGCCACUACACCGACUACAUCGUCCCAGGUCUAAACAGCUUCCUCCAGAUGCCCUGAGCAGCUGCUAUUAUUACUAACAUCAGUGUUAGAUAGAAAACUACAACCAUUCAAAAGGUACCAGAUGAGAAAAGGGGAAAAGAACAUGUAACUUUUUUUUGUCACAAGUGUAACUACAUUUCUUAAUCAUUUUCCACAGAAGUUCAUUUUAUCAGAUUUAUUUGGACAAAAUUUACAUUUGCAAUGUAGAGAUCGACUUGAAUAUUAAUACACAAUAAAAGGAAACAAACCAAACACA